GGAAAUGUUUGCGCUCUUGAAACCAUUGGCUGAACGUAUAUUUUGUUACUUCUAUGACGCAUUUUGCGAGCAUGUCCUUAUUUUUUACCUUGAUGAUGUAAGAUAACGAGCCUUUAUUGAUACAUACUCCACUUUAGUUUACUAAACUUGGGUUUUGUUUCUACCCUAUCUGUAGUUUUAGGAAAUUACUUCUUAAAAUAUUUGAAGGACACAUUUUCUUCUAGCCAAGGAGUCAGACCUGGAGAUUUACAAGAACUUCCGCGUACAAUAUCGAGAUUUUGCCCACAAAUAUGGCAACAAAGUUAAGUAUAGACCACGAGGCAAUACCAAUUACGGCUUUAAACUGCAGCUUCCGAAAGAAACUUGGAUUGUAUCUGAACCCAACAAACACGGUGGCGUCAGACUGGAGGACAAUCGCCGAAAUGAUGGACUUUACAUACCUGGAGAUAAAGAACUUCGAGAAAAGAGAUUAUCCUCUCGAAAAGGUUUUAACGGAAUGGGAAACUCGUCCGCAUGCCACAGUAGCAAAUUUACUGUCAAUUUUGGAAAAAGCGGAAAGAACAGAUGUUACUACCGACUUAAAAGACAUCAUAGAUGAAGACUGCAAGAAGUAUUUAGAAAGACUACAAAGAAAACCUUUGCAGGUCCCAGUGGUGGAUAGUUGCGGGCCCCGCACCCAGGAACGAGACGGCAUUACACUGUAUGAUGAUCCUCAAGGUGUAUCACCUGAGACCUUUGAUGCUUUUAUCUGCUAUUGUCAGAGUGACUUCCAGUUUGUUCAUGAGAUGAUCAAACAGUUAGAACAGACCGAGUGCAACCUGAAGUUGUGUGUGUCUGACAGAGACGUCCUUCCUGGUACAUGUGUGUGGACCAUCACGAGUGAACUCAUAGAAAAAAGAUGUAAAAGAAUGGUGGUUGUUAUUUCUGAUGACUAUCUGGACAGCGAUGCGUGUGACUUUCAGACAAAGUUUGCACUAAGCCUUUGUCCAGGGGCCCGCUCCAAACGUCUGAUCCCCGUUGUCUACAAAGCGAUGAAGAGGCCUUUCCCAAGCAUUCUGCGUUUUCUGACAAUUUGUGAUUACACCAGACCUUGCACACAGAUCUGGUUCUGGACACGACUGGCCAAGGCGCUCUCCCUCCCCUAAACAUUUCUACAGAAAACAUUAUGCCUUUGCUCUGUAGUCAUCACUCAGUAAAGCACAAUGCUCUCAAUGAAAGAAGAAGGGAAAAUACCACAUUGUGAUUGUUUCACAUUAGAGAGUUUCUUAAGCUAAAUAGUGGGUCCACUUUUUGAACGUUUCUAUAAAGGUACUUUUUAUGGUAUUUUACAAAAGGUGUUUUACCCUAUUCAAAAGGUCUCUCAAUCUCUCUCCCAGAGCAGAGCACCAAGAAUGGGAGUAGGUGGAGACAUGCUUACUCAUUCAGUUUUAUUCAGUUGUCCUUGUACAGUAUUUGAUAUUUUCAAGCUCUAAUAACAGUAUUUUGUUGCAAUGUGCAAACGUGCAUUGUCUUUUGUUAAAAAAUGUGCAUGCCAAAUGUUUUUUUCUUGAGUAUUUUACAUGUGUAAACUGAAUGUAUAUAAGCAGCAUGUUCUCUCUAAAACGCAAAAUGCUGUUUUCUGCAAUGUUGUGUUCAAUCUGUCUUUCACACUGGGAAUCUUUUGUGUUAUAAAAUAUUGCUAUACUACAGUAUAUAUAUUAUUACCAAAUAUAUUUAAUUUAGGAUAACUGAAUGAAUUAUAUUGGUUACAUCAUCAUGGUUUGUUAUCCAUGUAUUAACUUCUAAAACAUGGUUCUAAAUUUUAACAUUUCUAAUAUCUGAUUUCCCCCACAAUUUCUUCGGCACCAAGUAGAUUUCCUGUAACGUAAUGUACGAAUGUUUGAUAAAUUGUCCAACUUUUUUUGUAUUUAAUCCAUUUUAAAGAAUUUAUCCACUGGCUUUGUCGUUAAUGUGUAUCUGUCGAAGCAAUGAAGUUGGUAAAAGCAAUAAAGAGAAAAACAUUUUUUUCA